GACAUUUUAAUGUAGCAGUCUGGUAGCAUAAUUUAAGCUAGGCUUUGUUACUCUAUGAACAUUUACACGUCACAUAGGCUAAGUUUCGUUUUUCCGCCUCCCGGUUUAGUUUCAUUUUUGCUGAGGCGCAGUUGUGUCAGUGUAGUCAGUGAUCGGUACUUCCUCGACGUCUCACAAUGGCGGAAAAUAUGUCUUUACUGGGUCUCGAGGACGAGUUGACAUGCAGUAUCUGUUUAUGUCUUUUCGAGAACCCGGUGAGUUUAAUCUGUGGACACAGUUUCUGCGCCAGCUGUCUCGAAGCGACAUGGAACGACAGGGUAUCAUCACUGUCCUGCCCUCAGUGCCGAAUGGCUUUCAGCUGUAAACCCGAACUCAAGAAGAACACCGUCCUCAGCGCGGUGCUGGAUGCCUAUAGAAUAAAAGCAGGUGUCCCUGAACCCGUUAAAGAACCAUUUGAGGUGAAAAAGAAAGAUCCAGAUGCAAUCAAAUGUGACAGCUGCAUGGAAGCCAAAGCGGUCAAAACUUGUCUGACAUGUAUGGCGUCUUAUUGCGAGGAUCAUGUCAGGCCUCACCGGGAAAAUGCAAUUUUCCGGGCGCAUCAGCUCUCUGACCCGCUGCCAGACCUGGUGGAGCGUCUCUGUUCCGAUCAUGGCAAACUGAUGGAGUUCUACUGCAUUCAGCACCAGAGCUGCAUCUGCACCAACUGUCUGCAGUCCGUGCAUAAAGGUUGCGAAUUCAUCACCGCAGAUGAGCGGCGCUUUAAACAAAAGACUGACCUGACUGACAAGCUCAACAUCCUGGAAGUCAAAACUGACAAAAACCAGCAGGUUAUCACACAAAUGAAGGAGCAACAAACCAAAUUAAAAGACUUAGCUGCUACCCGCAAACGUAUUCUUGAGGCAGAAUACAGGCAGAUCAGAGAAGCGAUCGACCGUGAUGAGAAAGAGGCCAUGAUUGCUAUUGAUAAGGAACAGGAGAAAGGUCAGAGCAAACUGGUCUCCUUGAUGAAGAAAUUUAAUGAGAACGUUGAGAAGAUGAAUAGGACCAAAUCUGAGAUCAACAGUCUGCUGGACCAGUCUCAAUCACUCACAUUCUUAAAGGCCUCUGUGGAUUUGCCCUCAGUGGUAAAUUUUGAGCCCUAUAACCCUCGUAUGUCUGUGGAAAGUAAAGAGGUGAUAGCUUACCAUUCCUCUGCAGUUGCACUGAAGGAAUGGAUCACAAAAUUAAUGGAGCAGCCAGCAGAGAACAGAAUCUUUGUACUUAAACCAGAGUUUGAAAAAUCUUUUCUUGGUGCAGGAAACCAAUUCCCGGGAAUCCCUUGUGAGACUCCCGCCCUCCUUCCAAAUCCAAGAGACAUGCCACGUAUGAGGUCUCCCAGUCCAGCUCGUGCUCCCAAAACUAAGGCUCUAGGAGCUAAACAGAAAUACAAGAAUGUUAAUAAAGAGCUGAAAGAUCCCAAAGACCGUAAAGACCAGAAAUCAAACAGAUCCAGGAAUCCCCCUAAAGGAAUAAAUCCUGGUUUCUCCAAAAGCAUGGAAAACUUGCUUGAACUCAGACCUAAAACUGUAGACAUACUUGACAUAUCUCAGCCUCUUAGUUCACCAGCUGCACAAAACUCUGCUAAAAGGAGUGACCUUCUUAAAUAUGGCACUAUCCUCAAUUUUGAUUUCAGAACAGCUCACAAGCGGAUUUCCCUGACUGAAAACAACACCAAAGCGACAGUCUCAGAUGACCCUUCUCACUAUCCAGAUAUCCCCCUUCGCUUUUCUGUCUGUUCCCAGGUGCUCUGCACAAAGGGUUUCUCUCAAGGCCGUCAUUACUGGGAGAUCAAAAUGAGCAGUAACAACUUCUGUGGAUUGGGCCUUGCAUACGGUAGAAUCGACCGCAAGGGUCCCACUAGCCGCCUGGGGCGUAAUGCAGAUUCCUGGUGUGUGGAGUGGUUUAACGUGAAGCUUUCUGCAUGGCACAACAGCAUCGAGACGGUGUUGGAAAAUCCCAACCCAAGCCGUGUGGGUGUCCUGCUGGACUGCGAUCAAGGAAGUGCAACUUUCUAUAAUGUGCAGGACCGGGCCUACCCCUUCCACACCUUUGUCUUCCCUUUCACUGAGGCUGUUUAUCCAGCUUUCUGGAUCUUCUCAAAUGGUUCUUCUAUCUCUCUGUGCAAGCUCAAUAACUGAAACGGUAUAAGGUGAACUGAUAAUAAUUUUUAUUAGUUGAUGUUUUGUUCAUCUUUGGGACACAAAGAAUAUAUUUUAUAUUCUUUCAUCAUUUUGUCCAUCUAUUGAAAGUCCACACUACAGAAUUUUUAAGCUUCAAGUUUAUAAAGACAUCCAGUGAAAAUUGUUCUUACAUCACAAUCCUCAAAGCAAGCACGUUUCAACUUCCAAGAGUACUAACGAGGUUUGUUUUUGUACAAGUAAGCACGGUUGAACUGCUGUUGACCGUAUUUGAUGUGCUUUAUGUAUGUGUGUUGAUUAAUCUUCAUAUGUGAAUAAAAUCCUAAAUUAAAUCUGUUCAGCAUAUAAAGUGAUCAUGUCUUUUUAAAAGACUUGGAUUAAACCGCUCAUUUAAUAUGAAUUAGUUGUUUUGUACAAUGUCUUUAUUAAAUGUUUGAAGGUUGCUAUGACUUUCAAUGGAUGGACAAAAAUUAUGUGAAUGUAUUAAAAGUAAAAAAAAAAAAAUCUUAAUUUUUGUUGAAUAAAAGGAACUCACAAGGGUGACUGAAUGAUUACAAUGUUCAUUUAUGGGGGAUCUUUCCCUCUAUUUUUUAUUAUUAUUAUUAAUUUGGUGUGUUUUAUUAUAUGUUUACAAUAUGGGUCUUGUAAAUUGAUGAUUGAUGGAUGAAUGGGUAUCUAAAGGCUAAUACAAUCUGUCAUUAAUGCAAAAUAAACUUUAACAGAGUGCCAACCAGAAUUAAGUAUUACAGGGCCAUAAUAGUCAUACAUCAUUGAUCCAUAAAGGGGUAAAUUCAGUAUACAUAUGUGGUUUGUAAAUGUGACAUUUAUUGUUGUGAGUGGUUUGAAUUGUUUAACUUAUGAUUACAAUGAUUACUCCUGACAUUUGUUGGUUUUAUCACAUGGGCAAAGUCCAUUGCCAGUGUGCUCCAGAGUUGUCUUGGUUCCAGACCAAAGUAUUCUGGCUGGCUCCAGUCAAAACUGUUUUAAAGCAUGUGCAGUUCUGUCAAUCUAACAAGUGUUUCGAAGAAUCUAUUGUGAAAGAUUAAUCAUAGCAGUAGUCAUAUUUACCUGUGAACUAAAUCUAUAAUGUGUCGUCAUCGUAUCAGUUGAAUGGGCAUUAAAAAAACGUUUGUUUUUUUUUUCAUGGGAAAAAUACACAAUAAAAUAUCAGCAUGAUGCUAAUAAAGGCAUGAACCCAUGUCAUAUAAGAAUACAUUUAAUAUUAUCUAGAUUUAUUAUUCUUUCUCUCGUUGUAUUUAUCAAACUUGUGAUAUUAAGUUAAAAUGGAAUUACUUAAUUCUGCUUCUGAAAUGAUGAUGGUUCAUUUGUGCAGCUCACUUUGUUUUCAGUUUCCAAAGAAUAAAAUGUUUGAUAAUAAUCAAAUAAACCAAAUAUUUAAACAAAAA